GACAGGUGUAGCUUCAACAUAAUGGUGUUUGGCUGGUCAAGAGAAUCUGCCUGUUAAAUUUUCAAGUAGGUUUUUGUACUUGUGCCAAGAUCUCUGGAAAAUAAAUAUUAAAAUAGCACAACUAUUGUAUAACUGGACAUUUAUGUAGAUUCACCAAGGUCUAUUUGCUGUUCAGGUCUGGAAAACCCAGAUUCUAAGUUCAGCCAAACUGGGAAUCGAUCAUAGCUUGGGUCACACUGAGCUCUUGAAUUUUGGCAGCUCAUCAUCUUUAAUGCUUGCCUGGAGGGGUGAGCGCCCAGAAAAGACUGCUUUUAACUUUAGAGUUUUCUGAGAUCAGCGAGAACUGCCUCUGCUGUUUGCUCACCUCUCCUCAGUGAGCCCCUGGGAAUGGACAUGGAAAACCACAAGAAUAUGUGGGCCCAUUCAGAUCUAUCACAUCAUCUGUACUUCUCCAUUUAAAAACAUUAGUCCCCAGGCAGAGAUGUCAUCAGUAUCGCUCAUCAUCACAGGCAAAACCUCAGGCAGAGGCUUGUCAGGGAGUGUGAGAGAAGAAGCUCCCUGGGGUGCGGUGUCUGUCCCUGCGGACUGACUGGGAACAGGGGCUGGCUCCCAUGGACCCUGGUGGCUGUCCGUGGUCAUGCUAAGUGUCUGGUGAUAGCUGUGAGAUCCGGAAAGGCCGUUCUUUGUGCUUAAGAGAACUUUAGUUUGUAAUCCACCUUGUGAUUUUUUUGCUAUGCACAUUGAGUGCUGGAGCCUGGUUUUUUGCUGGAGAGAACAGGAAACCAUUUCCAUUGAGGUGCUGCUGCCGAUAAGUUGCAUUCCUAGCAAAGCAAGCCCCAAGCCCGCUAGUGUUUAUUUUCAACAGCACUUUUUAGCAGAUUUCCCCCAUCAUAAAGAUGCUGGUAUUAAUUCCAUCUUCCUGCCUAAGAUGUGUGUGUUUGCUGGAGACAUCUUUUUUAGCAAGUCAGUUGCUUUUUGAUUUAUAGCGUUUGCCUCGUGCUACGUUGCAUGCAGCAUACAUUGCUGGCAAUCUAUUUUUUUUCCUCAAAUAAUGGUGUUUGGAGGAGCCUUUGUGACCUUCAUUCUGCUGGUUGUAUUGUUGGGACCAUUGCCUUGGUGCUCUUUGCUUAUGCUCAAGGAAACAUUUUGCAUGAAGAGGAAGGCAGAGAGUUGUUUGGUCUGGUGAUUAUUACAAUAUGGAUGACUUUUUGUUGCAGUUCAGCACAGUCUGAUUUGAAGCAGCUCUCUUUGCAUUUGCUUCUUUAUAGGAGUCCACUGGGUGGAGUUCGCUUGAUUGCUGCACUCUUGAUGGCUCUCUUCCCCUUUGUUUUGUGGCUGUACAUUUAUGUGAACAAAGAGAUGCGAGCAUCUUGGCCAAGGCACUGUAAAACGGUGAUAUAGAAUAUUCCGAUCUCACUUGCCAUUGCUUUUGGUUCUUAAUGAAAGGCUAGUAUCAGUUUGAUAGGACCCAAGAAUGCCUGGCUGCUUCCAGCAGUGCAGUUUGAGAUUUGUUAAAAUAAUUGAGGAACGCUGUCAAAUCUGAGUGGAGAAUCUUUCUAUGGAAACUGUUCUUCAGCUGGCUUCUUCAUACAUUUUUAAAGCACUGUUGAUCUGUGUUCUAAAAGUAUAUUCAAAAAAUCCUGGCACCCGUGGAUCGCUCUCCAAGCACCUUAUAGUUUGGGAAAUCUACUGUUCUGUAACAUAAGGGAAAAGUAAAGCAAACACUUUGUUUCAAUAAAUGACUAUUUACAGCCAGAAAAAUUCCAGAUAUCUGCCUGGAUAUUCCAUUGAGACUAACGGAAAAAAUGAGCAGUAUUUCUGUUCUUGUUACAUCUUAUUUUGAUAAUUGAUAAAAUGACCAAAAGAGGGUUGUGAAAGAAUGCCAGGAAUUGAUAAAGGCACUGGUAAAGCUGACAAGAGUGACCCUGAAGAAGCAACACUGUAAUUAAGACAAGGAAAUACAGAGAUAGGCAUAAGGGGUAACACUAUAAGGCCAUAAAGCCAGGAAGUAGGGAGAUAAAUGCCUAGGAACAAAAGCUUCUGAUAAAACCAAGGAGAGAAUUACUUGAACUAUGAGCUUUCCUCAUUAACAUAGAAAAAACCCCUUUGCUCGAGUAGGAAGAAGCCCCCUUCCAAGAAAGCCCCUUCCUCACUGAAUGUGUGGUUUAAAAAGAGACUGCUGUGAGUUUAAAUGGAGACGAGACCUUGCAAGGACCAAGGAGAAUGAGGGUGGCCAAGCUUACCGGUAACAAGGACUGGUAACUGUCGCUCGGGAUGUAUAAAUGUGUUAACCAAGGGGUGCUGGCUUUGUGGAAUUACCACCUGGCACCCAUCUCUGUGCAGAUAUGGAUUAAACAAGUAUCUCUACUCUGUGGUUUUUGGCUCAUUGCACAUGAGGUAAAAGAACCCAGAUUUUGGGGACAACGUUGUGGUUGCUGUCACAAUUUUGCU